ACUGGACUGAGGGUGCUGGGACGGGUGUAGUUCCCAGGGCCAGACACUGUCUAAAUGACCUUACGCACCCGUUAUGUAUUUACCCCUCACCUGUGGGGCAGGUGGCCACCCGCCCUGUCUCACAAAGCAUAAAACCAAUCCUAGAGAGGUCUGGCAGUUUUCCCAGGCUGCACAGCUGGCCGUGGUGGAGCUGGGAUUCAGGCGGAGCCCAGCCACCACCUCUGCGGAAGUAGGUUUAGGACCCCCAAAUCUCCAGAUGAGGAAAAGGCCAAAGAAGGGAAGGAGUUGCCUGAGGCCUAUCUGUGAAUGGCUGCCGCUGGAUUCGAACUCAGGUCGCCCUCCCCAUGCAGCUUUAAGCUCAACAGACCGUGUCUCUCUGGGGGAAGCACCCUCCCUCCAUGCUGACGCUCCGGGACCAUUAGCUGGAAGAGGAGCGGGUGCGGGACGUGGGUCUCCAUGAAUAAUUGAGGGUCUCAGGCAGGUGGCCGCCCGGCAGCUGUCACCCUGGCGCGGGCGGGGAAGGGGCGGUGAUGACGUCACUUCCUCCCCCGCGGGGCCACUGGCGCGGGUUAUAAGGAGCUGCCGCGCCGUCCCGCGCGGCGCCGAGCACCCUGGUCCCGACGCCCCACCAUGCAGAGCCGCGGGCCCGCCUCCGUGCUGCUGUUGCUGCCGCUGCCCCUGCUUCUGGCGCUGCUGCCGGGGGCCGCCACCGCUGCUCCCUUGGCGCCAAGACCCUCCAAGGAAGAGCUGACCCGCUGUCUGGCAGAAGUGGUCACAGAAGUGCUGACGCUGGGCCAGGCCCAGAGAAGCCCCUGCACAGCUCUCCUCCACAAAGAGAUGUGUGAGACAGAGCCCUACGGCUGUGUGUCCGCCAAAGAGAAAGGCCUGCUGGUUGGGGAUUUCAAGAAGCAAGAGGCUGGGAAGAUGAGGUCCAGCCAGGAAGCGAGGGAUGAGGAAGAGGCAGCCGAGAGGGCCCACAAGUCUGAGGUGCGGGAACAGACCAUCCGCGAGCAGCUCCAUAGCCGGCUCCACCAGGAGGAGGAGGAGGAGCAGGAGCGGGAGGAGGAGGAGGAGGAGGAGGAGGAGAGGAAGAAGAGGGGGCCCGUGGAACCCUUCGAAGGCCCGUGGAAGCGGCGCCCAGAGGGUGGAGGGCGGCCCCACAAGCGAGUGGCAGAGCAGGCCAGUGACGAGGAAACAGCCCAGUUUGAGGCCGAGGAGAAGGGUGUGCAGGUGCUGGGCGCGGGCCACGGCCUGUGGCAGGGGGCCGAGGCGGGUGGAGGAGAAAGGCACGAGGACUCGCCGCAUCACCACCGCCUCCGCCAGCCAGAAGCCGGGCCCAAGCAGGAGGAGAAGGAAGAGGCUUCCGAGAGGGAGGAGCAUGACACGGUGCGGCUGGAGCACGUGCGAGAUGAGCUAAAGAAGGCAACGGAGCUUCUGGGGGAGGAGAUCAGGAGGGAGGGAUGACCCCCGACCUCGCGCCCUCCUUCCUGACACACCCUAUGGCUUAUGACUGUUGACCCCCAAAGCUCGCCUAACACCCCACUCCGUUCCCCAGCCUGCAGGAAUGGGGGGACAGGUGUGCCAUGCGACCAGGCCCGAGGGGCCGAGUCUGAGCUGGGUAGAGGGGCUGGGCUCCAACCGACUCGGGAAACACCCGGCCACCCAUGUAACCCACUCCAACCCUGCCGAGUGAAUAAA